CAACAUUCUUAGGUGCCUCCCCAAGUCCCACAAACAUAAGCGUGACUCCCAUAGACACGGUACUUAGCUGACGUACGGCUCAUCUGCUCUGGCUGUUCAUCACAGCAGUGAUAUCUCUCCUCCCGAAUGCGCUGGGAGCCAGACCCUCAAACCCGGAAUACACAAUCGAGCAGCUAUGGAAUCUUGAAACAAAAUUCUGGGAUGCGUUCCUUUACCCAGCGAACGUGAACGAGACAUUGGCGGUUAACUCGACCAUUUUUGCUCCCGAUGUAUGUCGAUAUUCCCCUUUUCAACGAAAGGUUGGCUGUCCAGUGUCCCACUAACACCACCCCACCCUCAGGUCCAAGGCCGAGUAGACAUCACCCGGGUCUUCAACGGCAGCGAGCUCAACACGGAAUACAUCUUCGGGUUAUUCUCCAACCCGGACCACCUCAGCAUCACCGGGGUGCCCGUCUCGUACAGCAUCACGCAGUUCAGCGCCAACGGGAACAUCGCGUCCGCGACCACCGUCGUCACAUUCAACGAGACCUCGUUCGGGAACCUCCUCGUCCCCGUCACCAUCGACACGUGGAUCAUGUGGGACGAAAACGGGCAAAUCGAGCAAUACGAUGCGACGUUCCGGUGGUUCGGCUUCCUCCUCGAUACCCUGAUCGAGACCCUGGCCACACAGCAAAACAGCACGACGACCCAAGCCACGGCGCUGCUGACCCAAAUGCUUGCAACGACUAUCUGCGAGACCCAUGAGCAGUACUGCACGGGGGAGAAUCAACAAUAUACCAACUCUUCGACCUGCUAUACCUUCCUGACGGAGGAUAUUCCGUUCGGGAAGGAUUAUCAGUUGGGCAUGGAUACGUUGUUGUGUCGUGAGGUCCAUGAGCAUAUGGUCCAGUUUGAUCCGGGCUUGCAUUGCCCGCAUAUUGGGCCCACCGGCGGUGGGUACUGUGUCAAUGACCAGACGUAUGCGCAGAAGGUCUUGCAGCAGUAUUUCCGGAAGCCAUGGCUGGCGUAUGGGUCGGUGGACCAGGAUGUUUGGCUCGCGCAGUAGAAGAGAUCUGAGAAUUCAGUCAGUGCGGUGGAUGGGACCGCAAGGAUGUUUUUG